AUGGCAGGUGCUGCAGGGAACCGGUCUGAUGAGGAGCCCAGCAAUCCAGAUGAGGAGGGUAUCGCACAUAACAGCCGCCCCCCACCCCCUCCCCAAGCGGAGAUACUCUCCGUGGUCAGCCAAGAUGUCCCGGACCAGUGCCCCAUGAUCUUCCGCAAUCCUGCCGGUGCCUGCCUGCAGCUGGUCUUUGGUGUUGACGUGAAGGAAGUGGACCCCGGCGAGCACUCCUACGUCCUGGUCACCAUCCUCGGCCUGACCUGUGAUUGGGUGCUACUUGGCAAGCAGGCCAUGCCCACUACCAGCCUCCUGGUGGUGGUCUUGGGAGUGAUCCUCCUGGAGGGCGAAUGUGCCCCUGAGGAAGAGGUGUGGAAAGUGCUGGGGGUCCUGGGGGGGUGUGCCGGCAGGGAGCACUUAUUCUAUGGGGAGCCCAGGGAGCUGCUCACCGAUGUCUGGGUGCAGGAUGGGUACCUGGUUUACCGGCAGGUGCCUGGCAGCGAGCCCGCACGCUACGAGUUCCUGUGGGGUCCCAGGGCCCACGCGGAGACCAGCAGCGUGCACGUGCUGCAGCACAUCCUCAUGGUCAGUCGCAGGCGGCUCGGGGCCUCCCUGUCCCCGUGUCACGAGGCUGCCAGCAAUGAGGAAGAGCGGGCGUGAGCCAGAGGGCAGCCAGGCCCUUUCUGCCCAGGGUCCAGCAGCCUCCCCUGAGGGGCAGGAAGCCAGGCCGCUUCUUCCCUGUGCCUGGGAGCAAGGAGGGCACAGGGCGCUGUGAGUAGGGGAGGGCCAGGGCUGCUUGGGGAAAGUGGGGCCCACAGCACGUUUGGGUGGCUCCCUGUUUGUUCUCUGUCUAUGUGACCUCGGAAAUCCAUGUUUGUUUCCUUGAGGAAGCUUUCCCAUGUUGUUCCUUGUGUUAGAAGGUUUCUGGAGCUUCAGUGGCUCAGUGUGUGAGUGGCAUCCAAGCCACAGCUCUUUGUGCUUCUCCAGUUCAAGAGUCAGAGUUUUGCCGUUUGGUGCA